AUGGAAUCGCUUAAUCCGAUCUACACUCACAAUCACUCGUACUCGCAAUCGUCGUUCAACUCGCAGGAUACUUGUUUCAAUUCGCAGCUUUCGACUCCUCCGCUCACCAGCGACUUGAUUGACCCACCCCAUGACUUGGUAACUGGCGAUUCGGGAGACUACUUCCAUUACAAAAGACCCACUCUUUCGGUGGAUGUCACUCCGGCCGAAGUGCUAGAAAAAGCCAGUUUUAUAUCUCCGGUGGAGGACGAUGAUUGCAAUUCGAUUAAUUCGCACUUACAAUCCUACGACUCUAAUUUAUUCAUACCCAAUUUCACGCCAUUUAAUUUUUUACUCGUUGAUGAUAACGUUAUUAAUUUGAAGAUUUUGGCCAAGUUUCUCAAUAAACUCUACCCCAAUAGCCAGUGUGUACAGAUACAGGACUCCACCAAAGUUAUGAAGACGUUGGAAAAACAAGCGUUUGACUUGGUUUUUCUCGACAUCGAAAUGCCGAUACUAACCGGAACCGAUUUGGCUAGCCUCAUUAGACUCAAUCACUCGAAUGACGGGUUGGGUCUUAUUGCAGUGACUACCAGACACUACAUUGAAGACUUGAAACUCUACAGCAAGGUGGGGAUUGACUUUACUUUUGCUAAACCACUCAACUAUUCUCAUAACUACAUGAUGUCUUGCAUUGAUCAAGUUAUCAAUUGCCGAAAAAAUUAUUAA